AUGGCGCAUGAGCCGCCACCGGGCAUGGAUCGAGGAUCGAGCGGGCUGGGCGGCGUCAGAGGGGCGAAGGGGACGGGGCAAAUGGUGGGGGAUGGGGAGCGGGGGUCGAUCGCGGGGUCCAGCCUGCCGGCGCGGUCGAGGCUGAACAGGCAGCCGGCCAGCGGGUGGUACCCCACGGCGCCGACGUCGAUCGCCGGCAGUGCCAAAGGCCACCAGAGAGCCAGCGCCAAUGGCUGGGCUCCCAAGAAGCGAGCGGCCUCGUCAGGUGGUGUGCCCUUCACAAGCGGGCACCAACCUGGCCUGGAACCUGCGAAAUUGAACCCCAGGAUUGCCGACGAGUUGGAAAAGGGGAAGGAGCUGGCCAGGAAGGAGGAGGAGCGCAAGAGAAGGAUCAGCGCUUGUGAGGCCUGUGGUGCCACCAUGGAGAGCUACAGGGAGAAUGAGAAGGCCAGACACGAGCGACGGAUGGCCGCCCUCCAGUCUUCCGAGUCCAGACUGCCGCCAGUGGAUGCCCUGGAGGACAACUGGGCCCUGUCGGACGUGGGAGGCAACGGCUGCUUCGACGCUGUGCAGGAACACCGGCUGAGUGACCUGUUCAAGGGGCUGACAGUGUCGCCCAAGUACGAGAUCACUGCUGAGGCAGCUGCCAAGUACAAGGCCGCGAUGAUGGCCCCCAGGGACCGCUUGCUGGUGGAGCUCAAUGCAGGCAUGGAGGUCUCUGGGGAGCACAUCAAGUGCCUCAUCCAUGGGCAGUGGCUCAACGAUGAGGUCAUCAAUUGCUACAUGAAGCUGUUGCAGGAGAGGGAUGGGCGGAUGAGGGAAAGAGGCACGCUGCCCAAGGCCCACUUCUUCAAUUCGUUCUUUUUGGAAAAGCUGUACAACCCGCAUGGGGGCAGGAAGUACAACUACAAGGCGGUGCAGAAAUGGACGGGCAAGGGGAAGCUGAAGCGAUGGGGACAGGCAUGCGACAGUGUGCUGGACUGUGACCUGCUGGUGUUCCCUGUGCACCUGGGGGCCCAUUGGACCUGUGCGGCUGCCAACCUGAAGGAGCAGCGCCUGAUCUACAUGGAUUCGUUUCAUGGUGUCAGGCGCGACAUCCUGGAUGUUGUCGGCAGGUACAUCAGCGAUGAGGCGAUGGACAAGGGGAAGCGGGCGAUCGACACGUCUGGCUGGUCUAGGGAGUACCCCGCUGUCCCCCGGCAAGAGAAUGGCUGCGACUGUGGCGUCUUCGCAACGCAGUUUGCCAGCUUUGUGGGUGCUGGACAGGAGAUGGAUUUCACACAAGAGAAUAUGAAAUACUUCCGCAUUCAGGUGACCAAUGAGCUCCUUGCAAAGCGCAUUGAUGUACCUUGA